ACAUCGAGAUAGCAGGACUAUCAGCGUUGUCACAUACACACAUACACACACACACAUACACACACAGCAGUUAGUGGAUCCUACACAACGGUAACAGAGCGCCGAGAUACUUAAAAUGCCGCGGAUAAAGGACUUUAGAGUAACUUAUGAAGCUAUCAACGAAGAGGGAACUUUUUCUGAGGGAGAUACAAUCACGGGCUCAGUGACUUUCACUCUGACCAAAGACACCACAGUGAAGGGGCUGGUGGUGAAAGCCAAAGGGGACGCGAACGUGCGCUGGACGGAGGGAUCUGGAGAGGACCAGGAGACAUACAGUGCGCACAGGAGAUACUUCAAAGACAAAGAGUGUCUGAUCCCAGAAAAUGCGAAGGGCACUGCACUUCCCAAAGGAGCUCAUCACUUUAAGUUCAAGUGUAAAAUCCCACAGGGCGACAUGCCGUCAUCCUUCAAGGGGAAGCAUGGAAAGAUCGUCUACAUGCUUGAAGCAAAGAUGUCCAGGAGUUGGCGGUGGCCCACUAAAGCACGAGAAGAGCUCAACUUUGUCUCAAAGUCCCUUUCACACCAUGGCCACGUAAUGUGUCCCCAGUCUGGUUCAGUGGAUAAAAAGACGGGGGUUUUCACCAAAGGACAGAUCCGCAUGUCUGCUGAUAUUAACAGAAAGGUUUGCUCUCCAGGUGACACUCUAUCUGUUGUUGCCAAAAUCUGCAACUCCUCUUCCAAAAAAAUGAAGCCCAAAUUCAGUUUACAUCAGAACAUAGUGUACCGUGCCAACGGCUCCACUAACACCAAUGACAAAAGUCUGUGCAAAAUGGUUGGAGAGACUAUCAAAGAGAACUCAGAGGAAACUGUGUCCUGCCAAAUAAAGAUUCCUGAUGAUGUCAUCCACACUCUCACAAACUGUGAAAUCAUCUCCGUUGAACAUUACCUCAAGGUGUAUUUGGACAUCAGUUUUGCCUUUGAUCCAGAGGUGGUGUUUCCACUCAUCAUCGUUCCUUCUCGCUUUACCACCCUUUAUCCUGAUGAGGCUAUGGGGCCUUACCCAGCUGGAGCUGCUGGGGGCCCAAGUUACAGCGACUUCCCUCCUCCUGCCUUCCCUGUGGGACCUUAUCCUGUACCCGCAGGUCCAGGUGCUUAUGGAUACCCAGCAGCAGAUCCUACUCAAUAUGCAAUCACAACAAACAACAAUAAUCCGUCGCCACAGCAGGCCAUUCAAUAUGGUUUUUCAACUGCAUCUUCAUCUGCAAUCCAGCAUCCUGGCCCUACUGCUCCACCUCUGUCUAAACAGGGAGAAGAACCUCCAUCUUAUGUGUCCCUUUUCUCAUCUUCUUAGGACAGUUUCGGUAGUACAGGGUCAAAUAGCUGAGCUUCAAGCAAUCUUUACCAAAAAAAAAAAAUCCUGAUAGAUUAUGAAGGCUUCUGAGGUAUUUAUAAUGCUGUAAAGUAUUUGCUGUACACAAAUGCAAAGCUGCAUUCUCUAUUUCCACUUUUUUUUUAACAUUUUGUACGGUUAUGUCAUAUGUGUAAAAAAUAUUUAAUAUCUGUACAGUGUGCGCUCUGUGCAGUACCAAAGUGACCUGUCUGUGCCCCUCCUUCAUUUCACUGUGGGGGUGGGGCAGUUCAGUUGUUCCAGAUUUCCAGUAGUUAAGCAAAUAAAGCCAAAACAGGCUUGA